AUGUCGUUCAACCAGGAACUUGCCCUCAAGUUGGCCGACAAGGCUCUUGGCGCUGCUCAGACUGGCCUCAGGCUGAAAUUGGACAAUCCCAACGGAAUAGCCCAACUCGUCCUUGCUAUCUUCGCCGUUGGCCUGAACGUCGUUCCUGUUAUUGGAUCAGUCAUGGGCUCGCUCGCGGUCGUUCUGGGCAUGGCUUUGUUCCCUGUGCAGACCGCUGACCCAUGGGAGAAGCUGCAUGAGCGCGUUGAGACCUUGAUCGGCGCCAAGCUUCAGGCACACCAAGUCAAGCAGCUCCAAAGCAAAAUAGAUGGUCUGGGACAUAACCACAGAGAGUACGCAAGUCUCUGGAGACAGUAUCAAGAGGCGGCACCAGAGUCGAAAGAAAAGCUUGCUGAGAUGCUUCGAUACGUACAUGUUUCGUUCCUCUUUGUGCUCCGGGCCGCCGUUCCUGAAUUUCAGGUUGAUGAUUAUGCGGCGGCUGCGCUACCUCUCUUUGCGCAGGUAGCUAAUCUACACAUGUCGCUGUUAUCUGACGGUUUCAAACAUGGACUAGAAUGGGGCUUGGCUAAGGAGUACAUCGAUGUUACUCUUCGGGAUGAGUUCACCAGAUUGACCUCGCCUGGCAACUCAGCUAGAGGAUUGACCGCUCUCAACGCACGAGCAGACAGCACGGAGCUCGCAAUGUUCCACGAGGCGAUCGAUGCCGGUGAGGCCAACGGCCUGCCCGCAGAGCUGAUUGCGACGUGGAAGGAAGCUUAUACAACGAUGGUUGCGAAAGUCGCCACCAGAGCUGAUCGCAGCGAACUAGACUACAUCUCACAUGUUAACAAAUACUACGAGGAGGGCCGCAAGCAGGUCAAGCCAGAUGACUGGCACAAAUAUGGACACUACGAAGGCAAGGGAACCAAUGAAGGUCUAGCUCUACAGGCAUAUUCCGAAUACGAUUUGCAAAUGCUCGAGAACGUCCUUCAUUAUGCCGAAUUCUGGCCUUAUAUGGGCGGCGAUAAGGAGAUUACAGAAGAAUCCUAUUUGAACCUCGACCGUGAGAUCUUUCGCGGCCCUUACGUUCGCUACUCAGAAAACGUUGCCUGGAGCAAAAGCAGCCCUGCGCCCGUCACCAAGCGUACUGAAAAGAUUACUAGUGUCCGCCUUUGUGUUGCUGAAGACGUGACUAGUCUUCAGGUGAAAUAUGGUGAAACUUGGGACAAUGAGUUUGGGCUUUGCAGAAAGCCAGAAUUGGAGGAAAGGAUCUUCACACUCGAAUCGGACGAAUACAUUGAGAACGUUGAUCUCAUUUAUGGUCAUAAAGUGGGACAGCUGCAGUUUGUCACCAACAAAGGAACAGUCCACGGACCAUUCGGACAGGGAAGGCACGCUCAUAUGAAGACGGCUGUCAACCGUACGGGUUACGCUUUGACUAGCAUUUACGGUACUCACUAUGAGAGACACGACCCGGAGGGAAUUGAGGGCGUUGUCUUUGGUUUCAGACCUCUGCUCACUUCCGGCAAUUAG